UGGGCAAAGCUUGGUGGGAAAAUCAAUUUUACUCUAGUGAAAAAGUUUUGCUCCGUCACCUCUGACACAAGAAGUGGCUGUUUACGCAUAGUUGCGAUGUGGUUGUGACAAGAAGGGGUCCAGCAAUCAUAGCCACAAAAAAUCAAGUAAUUACCUACUGAAAAAAUGGACUGACUACCCAAAAAAGUUCCGGGUAUCGAAACUUUAGACGGGGGGAUUAGAGUUGGAGAAAAGAAAUUGGCGAGAUGGAAGAAGGUAAAGGAACUGUUUGUGUGACAGGUGGAACUGGGUUUGUAGCUUCAUGGCUGAUCAUGAGGCUCCUUCAACAUGGGUAUUCAGUCCGAACCACCGUCAGAGCUGCCUCUGAACACAACAGAGAUCUCAGCUUCCUCAGAAACCUACCUGGGGCAUCUGAGAAGCUCCAAAUCUUGAACGCGGAUCUCAGCGACCCAGAUAGUUUUGAUGCCGCCGUUGAAGGAUGCAGCGGCGUUCUUCAUGUUGCUACACCUGUUGAUUUUGAAGGCAGGGAGCCUGAAGAAGUUGUGACAAAAAGGUCAAUCAAUGGAACUAUUGGCAUCUUAAAGGCAUGCUUGAAAACCAAAACGGUGAAGCGAGUCGUUUACACUUCAAGUGCAUCGGCUGUUCAGCUUAAUGGAAAUGAUUCUGAUAUAAUGGAUGAGACAUAUUGGAGUGAUGUAGAUUUCAUUAGAAAAUCUAUACCGAUGAUGGGCUCUUAUAUGAUAUCUAAGACAUUGACUGAAAAGGCAGCUCUUGAAUUCGCAGAAGAACAUGGAUUGGAUCUGGUUACAUUAAUACCUCCUUUCAUUGUUGGUCCCUUCAUUUGUCCCAAGUUUCCUGGUUCAGUACGCACCAUGUUAGCCAUGGUCCUUGGUAACAAAGAGGAAUAUAGUUUGCUUCUGAAUUCAUCGAUGGUGCAUGUUGAUGAUGUGGCUAGGGCACAUAUAUACCUCCUUGAAUGUCCUGAUGUAAAAGGGAGAUAUAUUUGUUCUUCAAACACAGUCACAAUUGAACAGAUGUCUCUGCUUCUUUCUUCCAAGUACCCUGAAUAUCCAAUUCCAACAUUACAGGAAGUAGCAGAGAUCAAAGGUUAUAAAGCACCGGGAUUAACAUCAAAGAAACUAUUGGAUGCUGGUUUCGAAUUCAAGUAUGGAGUCGAGGAAAUGUUCGAUGGAGCAAUCAGUUGCUGCAAGGAAAAAGGCUUUCUCUAGUUUAACAAGAUGCUGUGUGUAUUCUAAUAAUUUUAGCAUCUAUGAAAGAAAUAUCUGAGAAUAAUUUGUAUGUAUAAAAUUUUGAUGAAGGGUUUUGAGUGAUUAUUAGCAUAUUUGUUUAAUCUCGGGUGAUUUUCCACAAAUGAUCAAUAAAUAAAUCUAUCUUAAAGGUUAUGUCUUACAA